UUCAGGCAAGACUGUCAAGAUGGUGGAAAGCGUCCCACUUGUCGAGUUUAGGAUCGGUGGCGGUUAUCCCGUUAUCCCUUGUGCGUGAUAGGAGCCUUCUCUGCCUUUCCUGCCCAUCACCUGCUAUGGAGAUGUCAGUGUUGAAGGAUCUGAGUAUUCCAGCGGCCGACGAAUGUGUAUACACUGCGUGCUAUUGCGAAGAAAACGUGUGGAAGCUGUGCGAACUCACCCGGGCCACCCGACCCGAGCUGCUCGCACAGUGCUCGGUCGUGUUCGUCUCCAACCGCCGCCGGGCCGUCCCGAUCUGGUGUCAAAAAAGCGGCUCGGACAGCACGGGCCUCUCGGUUUGGGACUACCACGUCUUCUUCGUCUACAGACCCGCGGACGGCAGGCCGUGUCAGGUCUACGAUCUCGACACUACGCUGGACUUCCCGGUGGACUUCGCGGUGUACGUUGAGCACUCCUUCCACCCACAGACGAACCUGAGUCCCGAACUAGCGCCGAUGUUUCGGGUGGUGGAUGCUUCGCAGUUCUUGGACACUUUCGCGUCAGACCGGUCUCGGAUGAGGGCUCCCGACGGGAGCUGGUUGAAGCCACCGCCUCGCUACCCAUGCAUCAGCACCCCUUCGGCGACGGACAACUUGGACGAGUUCGUGAGCGUCGACGAAGGGGUCGGGGUGGGCAAGGUGUACACAUUGAGACAGUUCGUGCGUAAACUUGACGAGUGAAUGCAGCUUCUCGCAAUUUUGUGGAGGCGCAAUUCAGUUGUAUGUCGUAGUAAACCGGCAGUGUGGACCCGCGUACUGGUGGUAUUCUUUUUGAAAGUGACGUCGCGGAGUAAAAAAGUAGGACACCUCUGAACUAAACAGUACCUUGGGAGACUAAUCUAUAUUUUGCUGCUUAAUCGAAUCUAACAACAACCUGCCAGGAAGCUUUUUAUGUCUAGAAUAAAGUUGUAUUCUAUAAAUAU